UUAAUUCUGUUACAUUAUUGUUGUAAUCUACUUCCCAAUAAAGAAGGGUGGGGCUGGUCUGCAGUUUUAGCUCAUUUUCCUGAGUUAAUGAUCCUUACCAUAUACUUGUUGUUGCUGAAGUUUACACCAUAGAUAUACAUACACUGGUGUUUGUGAGAUGGCCUCUUCAAUGCGGACUGUAUUGGGAGCUAUGGAGUUAGGAAGAAGCAGUCUAGUCAAGGAAGAGAGUUGCUUUGCCUUCCUCGAUGCAUUCCUCGCCACUGGAGGAAACGAGAUUGACACUGCAUUGCUAUACUCUGGAGGCCAGUCGGAGAAGAUGAUUGGUCGCUACCUUGCUACUACCAACAACAAGACACAGUUGAAGAUAGCCACUAAAGCCCAUCCUAAGUUACAUGAGAAGAGAUUCACUCGGGAGGGUGUGGUCGGUCAACUGACCACCUCCCUCUCCAGUCUGAGCGUGCCCAGUGUGGACAUCUUCUACCUCCACGCCCCCGACCAUGACACGCCCAUAGAGGAGACGCUGGAGGCAGUGCAGCAGCUGUACACUGACGGCAAGUUCAAGGAGCUUGGACUCUCUAACUUUGCCUCGUGGGAGGUUGCCAACGUGUACCAGAUAUGCAAGAACAGGGGAUGGGUCCUGCCCACCGUCUACCAGGGAAUGUACAACCCCAUAACAAGAAUGGUGGAAACAGAGCUUAUUCCGUGCUUGAGAUAUUUCGGCAUACGUUUCUACGCCUACAAUCCGCUGGUUGGUGGAAUGAUGACAGGCCGCUACAAACUCUCCGAUAUAGACAAACCUCAAGACGGAAGGUUUUGGACGGUGGGAGGAAAAAUGACUGAAAUGUACAGGGAUCGUUUCUGGCGUGAGAGUGUGUUCCGAGGUGUGGAGUGUGUGAGGGGUGCUCUGGACGAGUGUUAUGGAGUGGGUGUGGUCAGUCUCGUACGUGCUGCCUUCAGGUGGCUCAACCAUCACUCUCAACUCCGCCCAGAACACGGAGAUGCUGUGAUCAUUGGUUGCAGCAAGGUGGAGCAUUUGCUUGCCAACCUGGAGGCUUGCAAGGAGGGGCCUCUACACAAAGGUGUUGUGGAGGCUAUAGACAAGGCCUGGGAGAUGGACAAGCACAACUGUGUCAGAUACUAUCGCUAGUUACGUAUUAUGAGACUCUUAUAGAAUUGUAUAGUGUAUAUUAUUUGUGCUGAAGUUGUUGCGUUGUCUUCAAUCAUGGAUUUUUAACUGUG